AUGGCUCGGGUCAGUGUCCGAUCCUCUGUGUCGCGCGGAGAAGCAUCCUCUCCGCCCAAACAAAGAAAGUCGCCAAGCCCAACUGGACCCCGAACGAGGUCAGGUCGAAGCCGGAGCCACAGUGUGGAACCCGAGGCUGCCAUGAGCAGGAAGAAACCCGGAAAGAAGAUUGCACGUCAAGCCAGUGUGGAGAGCGAUGGUGGCGUCACGAGUGCUGCCAGUAGCGUGCGAGCAACGCCCUCUAGGAAGACAAUUCGGGCUCCUCCACUCAACCCAGAUCUUUCCGUCGUGGAGGAAAUAGACAGCAGUGGAUCAGAGCACUCAGAGGAUGAAGGUAUCGGACUUGAAGGUCCAAGUCCACACUCGUCCGCAGUCUUGUCGCCGCUGUCUGGAACGACUACCCGAACGACUUAUUCAGAAGGUGAAAUGGGAGAAAUGGAUCGGUCUGAUCAGAUAGCGAAUUCUCUGCCUACUCUGUUCGUCAACUCCAGCGAACUCCUCGACCUACUUGCGCCCGACAACGCAACGGCGGGCGACGUAAAAAAUAUAACCAAACUGUCGAGGCUCCCUGGUCAGCCGUUCGCAUCACAGUUGAAAGAGUACGAAGACCGCUUCAAAUCAGUAAAACAGACUUAUGGAAGUGACAUUAUUUACAUUCGGGCAUCUGUCGUCCUGAAAAAAGUUAACGGCACUGAAAAUGCGGACGACGGAAACUGGCGCCCUGAUCCAGUUAUAUAUGCCGCCAAUCUCGCAACGUUGGUGUUAGAAUUGGUCCCUUGUAUUGAGGGAAGCGAAGCUACUAGGCUCGCGUUGCUAAGUAUUUGCCAAGUAUUUCCAAAAGCGUUCGUUGGUAAUUUCGACGGAUACUCCGAAGUCUUUUCAACUCAACUGAUGGACCAGACUUUUGAUUUGGCAUUGAACUUGCUCGUGCAGAAAGCCAUUGCUUGUUUGAGGCACGACAGCACGAAACCCCAUCUGCUCCUGGCUUCCUGUUUUUUCGAAUCCCUUCCCGACCUUGACGACUUGGACCCGAGAGCCUCAUUCAAGGAAGUUGCCAAAGAUGCUACGCUGAAGAACAUUCUCCACACUGGUAAUACACAGAAUCAGGUCGACAUAAUCUACGACACAAUGGCUUCGAUCAGCGAGGCGUUCCAUACAGGGAAGGAUGAAAAAGAAGUCAAUGGUGUGGUGGAUUUCACCGUGCUGGAAACCCAAUUUCCUUGGCUCGAUUUCAUUACGGCUGUUGUCCAAUGGAGUCGACUUCGCUUUACUGAACUGUCCACAUCUAUCAAGCAUCGAGGAGGGAUUGAAAAUAUCAAACAAUCUUUGAUAGAGCUUCUGGAAAAUGUCAACAGCCAAUCACCGACACCCUCCUCGCCAGCUCGGUCGGUUAAUCAGCAACGGCGGCCAGCACCUAGCAUUGCCCCAGGGCAUCAAAGUAAUACCCCGGGUUUGACCAAGGCCAAAUUGAUGAAGCGAAAGCGGAGCGAGGCUGACAAUUACCCUGCACCAAAGCUGGGAGCCACUGCUGCUUCCUCGUCCUCCCACACUCUAACACGCUCAACACAAGGUGUACCUGUCCCGAUUCCAACAGAGCUACCUGCAACCAAAAGGCAGAAGCGAAUACAGCCGAUAUUAGAUAAUGAAAACGAUGAUCAUGUUGACGAAGACCUAGACUCAACUGCUGAAUAUACUACCGCAUGGAACGAGCACAGCAGAGAAAAGAACAAGGAGAACCAAACGCCGGCUGUAGAGCCUAACGCUCAAAGAAUAAGCAAUGAUCGGGAUUUGAGCCAGGAAGAUGUCGCUGGUCCUUCAACACCGAAACAUUCUCGUGCUCGGCGUGAAGAGAGUGAGCAGAGCGAGGACCAGGGGUUUCAAGAGGACCAAAGACGGAUUGAUGACCGCCGACGCAGGGCUACGGCACUUACAGCUCGGCGAAAUUCUCCUGAACAUGAGGAUCAACCGCAACCCCGAGCACGGGCCCAGGUCAAUGGGCGUGAGCCCAGCUCACGUGUUGAGUCCAACGGUGCAGCUGCGCCGCGACAGGAAGAUGUAAGAGCUGCAUUAUCCAUACUACAAGCUCAAGAUGAGGAAGACGGCGAAGAUUAUCCGGCACCAUCGUCCACACAGGCAGCUCUGUCCGCCCGUCUUGAAACCGCCCGUGCGAGAGGCCCGCAACCUCCCAGGGGGCGCACACCCUGGUCGGAUGAAGAUUCUGACCGUCUCUUGGCCGGUAUAGCAGAAUGGGGCUGCUCCUGGACCAUGAUCGAGCAGACUCAAGCUUUCGACAUCCCGCGUGGGCAAGUGGCCUUGAAGGACAGGGCUCGGAACAUGAAAGUUCAAUAUCUCAAGAAUCGUUGGCCUCUACCCGUCGGCUUCGAGAAUGUUGCCUUAGGGCGGAAGGAAAAGGAUGCCGUAAAGGCUGUCGUACCUGAAUUCGAUGAGUGA